UAGGCGACAUGACUGAGCAAGCGGCGCUAGGACCCCCGGGCAGCGCCUCGAGAAAAGGAGUGUGUGUGUGUGGUGGGGGUUGCGGUAGGGUGGAAGGCCUUACAUGGUCCCUCGCGGUCACCACGAGCCCGCUGCCCAAAAUAGCCUCCGACGGCCGCUGGCCUGCCUCAUGGCCGGGCGAUGAUGGCUGCCGCCUCCGACCCCGUGGAGUUGGGCGCACUCUGGGGACGUGCGCGCCCGGAGCCCCCUCCCACCCGUUUCCACCAGGUGCACGGGGCCAAUAUCCGCGUGGACCCCUCUGGGACCCAGGCCACACGCGUGGAGAGCUUCGCUCACGGCGUGUGCUUCAGCCGCGAGCCCUUGGCCCCGGGUCAGAUAUUCCUGGUGGAGAUCGAGGAGAAAGAGUUGGGCUGGUGCGGGCAUCUGCGCCUCGGCCUGACCGCGCUGAACCCCGCCAGUCUGGCCGCCGUGCCCGAGUUUUCGCUGCCAGACCUGGUCAGCCUCGGCCAUACCUGGGUCUUCGCUAUCACGCGCCACCACAACCGCGUGCCCCAGGAGGGCCGCCCGGAGGCGGAGGCAGCGGCCUCCAGCAGACCCCCGGCCCUUCUGGUAGAACCCUAUCUGUGCAUUGAGCAGUUUCGCAUUCCCAGGGACCGCCUGGUGGGCCGCAGCCGGCCGGGGAUCUACAGCCACCUCUUGGACCAGCUCUAUGAGCUAAACGUGCUGCCUCCGACUGCGCGCCGUAGUCGCCUGGGCGUUCUCUUCUGUCCGCGCCCGGAUGGCACAGCCGACAUGCACAUCGUCAUCAACGGGGAGGACAUGGGCCCGAGCGCUCGGGGGCUGCCAGCCGCGCAGCCCCUCUACGCGGUGGUUGACGUGUUUGCCUCUACCAAGAGUGUGCGCCUGGUCCAGCUCGAGUACGGCUUGCCAUCCCUGCAGACCCUGUGCCGCCUAGUGAUCCAGAGAAGUGUGGUGCACCGGCUGGCCAUCGAUGGGCUCCACCUGCCCAGAGGACUCAAGGAUUUCUGCAAGUAUGAAUGAAGGCCUGCAGUCCUGGAGCAGGGUCGCAGAAGUGCAUCCUAGCUCCAGUGCUGUGACUAGUCUGAAGCUGGCUGCCAGCCAGGACCAGAAAUAAACACAGCUGAUGCUGA